AUAAUCAUUUGGUCACAAACAGUGGCCAAGCACGCCAAGAACGUGAAGCUGGUCCUUGAGGCACUACAAAAAGCUAGUCUAUUCUGUUCGCCAAAGAAGACAUCGUUGUUCUGCACAGAGUUGGACUUUCUAGGUCACCACAUCUCGGCC